AUGGUGGAAAACAUUGAAAAGCAACAAGUUGAAAGAUUGAAAAUUCAUGAUGAUAAAUUUGAAUAUGAGGUUAAAAAGCUUUGUGAUGUUGCGAAAGAGCGUCAUGAAAUUUUAGUUGAGCAAGUGAAGGCGAUAAAAGAGUCUCUUGAUCUCAAGAUGACUAAUCUUAAAGCGGAGAUAGCAAAAGAAGUUGAGAAGUUAGAGAAAUUGGAUGCGAAGACAGAAUCAUAUUCCAAAGUCUUUGAGAAAUUCGAGGAAUUUUUAAGCAACAUCAAGGAAACCAUCUCGCAAGCUGCUCUUUCAAACCAAUCAUCUGUUUCCCAAGAAGCAAUCACUCAGAUGAUUUCAUCUAUUGAAGCAAAUCUCAAAAAGGAACUAGCUCCCCUCCUUGAGGUGGUUCUUCUUCCACCAACGAAUGCUCCACCAACGAAGCAAGUGUCGCAAGGGGGAGAAAAAGGAUGCGGAGAUGUUGGAUCUUCAAAAGAUUUGAUAAGGGUGCAGUUGUUGGAAGGGUGA